AUGUCUUCUACAGACAAGUCGAGGCAGUCCUCGGGAGGGAAAUCUUUCUUCUCGCGAAGUAGGAAAGACAAACGCAACACGAGUGACGAAGGCCGCCAUCUGGCUGGAGGACCCGACAACUUUGACACCGCCAGCAUACACUCGCGCGCCUCUCGACAUCACCGCGACUCGUCUUCAGUGUCCAUCGACCAGUUUCCCGAUUCCGGCGUGACGGCUGGUCCCAUGACCAGUAUCCCCUACGACACCGUUCCCGAUUCUCGAUCCCCCGUUCCUGUCGAAUACCUACCCAAAGCCGACCAGAUUGCGCUGUUGCGCAACGGCCCCUCGCCGCAUCAUCUCAACAAAGGCGGCGACUUCCAUCAGUACCCCAUCAUUGACCCUUCCACCAUGGCCGGCGGAGCAGGCUCACAUGCCUCGGCGCAGCGAGCUCCGCAGUCAAAUAUCACAAUGGCCACUACUGGUCGCCAAACGCAAUAUCAGCAGUGGGGACCAGGGCCUGCUCGCGUUAGCAUGGCGAGCACAAUCAAUGGGUCCCACAACCCCAGAUACGAUUCGUACAUGACAUCGGCGGGUCGAAGUUCUGCUGACCAAGCCAGCAUAUUCUCAUCAGCACUACCCAGUGCUUCAUCGCAGAGUUCCUACUCCUCCCACAUGUCCUAUAGGGACUCGUCGCACCCUUCCUCACACCGAUUGACUAAAUUUCCCGGCAUGGGACCGACGGGACACGAUGGAUUCCACUUCCCGCGACCGGACAACGACGAUAUCAUCGACCAGAUGUUUCUGGCGUUGAUGCAGAAACGAGGAUGGCACAACUUACCCGAGCAGGCUCGCCGCCAGAUGGUCGCAUAUCCCCCCGACAAGAAAUGGACGCUGCUUUACCAGGACCGACUGACCGAGUGGCAAGGAGAGCAAAAAAGGAGGCAAACCGCGAAACCGAACCAAUACGCGACCCCUGAAAUUUUGGUGAACUCGGACGAGGAAGGAUCCCCAGAAUGGUACGUCCGACGUGUGAUGGAUAACAGCUUAGACACGAAGGGCCUCGGAAGUCUGGAAGUCAACCUCAGAACGCAACAAAUAGGAUGGGUCAAGCGCUUCAUCGAGUGCCAGGGUCAGGUCGCGUUGACAAACGUGUUGAUGAAGAUCAACCGCAAAACUGCGUUGGGACCCGCGCCAGACCAAAAGACGGACAGGAAUUUGGAUCGCGAAUAUGAUAUCAUCAAGUGCCUCAAGGCCUUGAUGAACAACAAGUUCGGCGCCGACGAUGCUCUCGCACACCAGCAAGUUAUCAUUGCACUCGCGACCUCCCUUAUUUCGCCGCGUUUGACAACGCGAAAGCUCGUCAGCGAAGUCCUCACCUUUUUGUGUCAUUGGGGGGACGGUCAAGGUCAUUUGAAGGUCAUUCAAGGUCUCGACUCGGUCAAGUCUCAACAAGGAGAAAAUGGUCGCUUCGACGCUUGGAUGCGGCUCGUCGAAGUCACUGUCGACGGGCGAGGAAAGAUGGGCAGCAUGGUCGGAGCCAGCGACGAGGUUCGAAGUGGUGGUAUCGGCAUGGAGAACUUGUUGAUGGAAUAUGCAGUUGCUACGCUUAUCCUCAUCAAUAUGAUUGUCGACGCCGCUGAGACGGACUUGCAGCUGCGGAUGCACAUUCGCGCUCAGUUCACAGCAUGCGGGAUCAGGCGUAUCUUGACGAAGAUGGAGUCGUUCCAAUACGACCUCAUUGACAAGCAGAUCGAGCACUUCCGGACGAACGAGGCUAUCGAUUACGAGGAUAUGCUAGAGAAGGAGAACAAUAGCAUCAAAGAUAACGUUGAAGGCGAGGUUAAGGACCUCAACGAUCCCGUUCAGAUUGUCGACGCUAUCCAGCAACGCCUACGGGGGAGCAAGACACAGGACUAUUUCGUUUCGGCACUACAGCACUUGCUGCUCCUUCGUGAUAACGAUGGCGAAGAACGGCUACGAACGUUCCAGCUUGUGGACUCCAUGCUCAGCUACGUGGCCAUGGAUCGGCGUUUGCCGAAUAUGGAUCUGAAGCAGAGUCUCAACUUCACCGUUCAGAGUCUGCUGGACAAGCUUCACACCGACUCGGAAGCCCGCCAGGCGUUGGAUGAAGCCUUGGAGGCAAGGCAGAUUGCCGAUGCCGCCAUGGCAGAGCGAGAUGAGAUGAAGGCGAGGUUAGAGCUGGGUGCUGAUGGCCUCGUAGCGAAGCUCCAGAAGCAACUGGAUGAGCAGGCAAGAUUCAUUGAUGCUCAGCGGCGGCAAGCUGAAGGUUUGAAGGCUGAAUUAGAGAACAUUCAGACCCUGCGCCAGAAAGAGGCACAGCGCUAUGAGCUGGAAACCAGAGAGCUCUAUUUGAUGCUUAGGGACGCACAAGACGUCGCAGCAUCUAAUGCUGUUAAAGGCAGCAACAAACUUGGGGAAGAAGAUCCUGCUAGGAUGCAAGGUAUCCUGGACCGGGACCGUCUUAUGGAGCGCUUGCAAAUGCAGAUCGAGCGUCAGAAGACGCAGUUCAAGCUGGAGGGCAGAGUUUGGGGUGGUGCCGUUGGGCCAUCGGACAGGCUUCGUGCUCUCCGUGAGGAGAUGGACGAUAGUGCCAUGGGCUCUGGACCUGGUACACCACCCAGAGAUUUCACCAACAGCAUGCUCGGCAGUGUCAACCGCAACACGAAGAUUGCCCGGAAGCCAGUUAACGCUCGUGGCGAGGUCAUCGAAGGUGAGCUCAUUGAGGGCGAACUUCUCGUGGGCGAAGAGGACGAGGAUGGUGUUGUCUACGAAAAGCCCAGAGUUGUCGAGAUCCGGCGUCCGGUUAUGGAUCCCAACCAAAAGGCUGGACUUUUCGGCGAGAUGGCUGGCAAGAUCAAGAGAUACGACGACAGCGACUCGGAGAACGGCGAAGGCGCCACCACUGGCGCAUCGCACCCCAGCCUCGAGUCCGGUUCCCCGAUCACUCCCGCCGAGGGAGAGCCUCCCAAGAUCCAAGUCACCAGUGCCGGUGCAGCGCCGCCUCCACCACCUCCGCCGCCGCCGAUGCCUGGUCAAGCCGGUGCACCCCCGCCUCCGCCUCCCCCACCGCCCAUGCCGGGAAUGUUGUCGCCUACCGGUGUCCCUGCUCCUCCCCCGCCACCACCGCCUCCGCCGAUGCCCGGUCAAGCCGGCCCUCCGCCCCCUCCGCCUCCCCCACCUAUGCCUGGCGCCCCUGGAAUGCCUCCACCUCCGCCUCCUCCGCUACCCGGUGCCAUCUCUGGACACUUCUUGUCACAAGCUACGCCCAACUUCUCCUCCGCGCCUUCUCUUGGCUUGCCUGUCGUUCGCCCGAAGAAGAAGCUCAAGGCCCUUCACUGGGACAAGGUGGAUUCUCCCAUGACAACUCACUGGGCCGCCCACGCGCCGUCUGCUGAGGAACGUGAAGAGAAGUACUUGGAGCUCAGUCGCAAGGGUAUUUUGGAUGAAGUUGAGAAGCUCUUCAUGGCCAAGGAAAUCAAGAAGUUGGGAGUCGGCGGCGGCGCGAAGAAGGACGACAAGAAGCAGAUCAUCAAUGGUGAUCUUCGCAAGGCUUACGAAAUCGCUUUCGCCAAAUUUUCGCAGGUGUCAGUUGAUAAGAUCGUACAGAUGAUCAUUCACUGCGACAAGGACAUCCUGGACAACCCUGUAGUCAUGGAGUUCCUGCGCAAAGACGACCUGUGCAACAUCCCAGACAACACUGCCAAGCAGAUGGCGCCAUACAGCAAAGACUGGACGGGCGCCAACCCCGAUAAGGCGGAUCGCGAGCAGGAUCCCUCGGAGCUUACCAGACAAGACCAGAUUUACUUGUACACAGCCUUUGAGUUGCAUCACUACUGGAAGGCCAGAAUGCGGGCUCUGGCCUUGACUAGGAGCUUCGAGCCGGACUUUGACGAAAUUACCGAAAAGAUGCGCCACGUCGUCGGCGUAUCUGAGUCGCUCAGAGAUUCCGUAUCCUUGAUGAACGUUCUCGGUCUCAUUCUGGAUAUCGGAAACUACAUGAACGACGCCAAUAAGCAAGCACGCGGUUUCAAGCUGAGCUCCCUGGCCCGACUUGCCAUGGUCAAGGACGACAAGAACGAAACCAACCUUGCAGAUCUCGUUGAGCGCAUUGUUCGCAACCAGUACCCUGAAUGGGAGAACUUUGCCAACGACAUUUCUGGCGUCAUGGCGGCGCAGAAGAUCAACAUCGAACAGCUGCAGUCCGAUGCCAAGCAGUACAUCGAUACCGUCAAGAACGUCCAAAUGUCACUCGAUGCGGGUAACUUGAGUGAUUCCAAGAAGUUCCAUCCUCAGGACCGCGUGAGCCAGGUUGUCCAGAGGGUUAUGAAGGACGCCAGAAGAAAGGCCGAGGAGAUGCAACUGUAUCUGGAGGAGAUGAUGAAGAGUUACAACGACAUCAUGGUCUUCUACGGCGAGGACCCUACCGACGAAAACGCCCGCAGGGACUUCUUUGCCAAGCUUGCCGUGUUCAUCAACGAGUGGAAGAAGUCCAGGGAGAAGAACAUCAAGUACGAGGAGCAGCGCAAACGCAACGAGGCUUCCAUGAAGCGGAAGCACCAGCAGCUCGCCGUGUCAAGCGGCAAGGUGGAAGGCGCACCGCCUUCGCCAUCCAGCGCAGGAGCCAUGGAUUCUUUGCUGGAGAAACUGCGUGCUGCGGCGCCGCAGACGCGAGAUCAGAGAGACCGCCGUCGCAGGGCAAGACUCAAGGAUCGUCAUCAGGUGCGGAUCGCAUCCGGACAGAAAAUUCCCGAUCCGGACGAAAACCCGGAGGUCGAGGCAACCCUGGCGCAACCGCCAAAGGAAAGCACUAUCGACGAGGAUGGCAACCCCAUCAGCCCCGGCUUAUCGUCGCCCAGAGAAGGCGGCGAAGACGACGUCGCGGAGCGUGCCGCUAUGCUGCUCCAAGGUAUGCGCGGUGGGGACGCGGCCGACGAUGCGGAUCCGGAAAAGAGAGAGAGCCUGCGGCGCUCAAGGAGGCAGACGGCCGAGGAAGAACGGCGGAUGAGGAGACGGAGGCGCGAAAAGGCAACGUCCACAAACACCGCCGUCAGCGAGGGAGAGACGACUGUGGCCGAAGCUUCGAAGGAGGAGGAGGAGAUACCCCCAACACCUUCAGUUGAGAACACACCUGUAGAACCAUGA